ACAAAACAGAGCUGCAAUAGUUGCAAACACUUCAUAGCGUUUGAAGUCCGAUGUCAUCUGAAACAUGUCUUCUGCAGGCUCCAGUCAAUCCUCCCAGCGUGGACUUAUACUCCUCAUAGCAGUGUUACUGCAAUGUGUUUUUGUUGCUGUCACAUAUGUUUACUUCACAAAUGAACUAAAACAGGUAUGCUGCAUUUUUACUAGAACCUUCUGGAAUUUAGCACCGAUAAAGACACCCCAUGUUAUGCUGCAUAGUUGUGUGGUGAUGGCUGGCAAUUUCUGCAAUUUAAGCGCCUGUGGAAUAUGACUCAGUCAAAAAAAUCAUGCUCAGUCAGCACAUAAACACAGGGUAUUGACUAAACUCUGAACUGUAACAAACAAAUCUGAAUUGCAAAACGGAGGCUAAAAUAAUUGACCUGGAAAAAAAAUCCAACAAUAGCCAUAGAUUAGUUAUUUUUGCUUUAAUUCUGCAGUUUGGAUUUUAAUUCGCUACAAUUCGGAGUUUAGUGAAUAACCUUAGCAGAAAUAUUCACUACAAGUGGGAAUUGUUGGGAAUCCAAAGAGAUUUUCCAAUUUUUAUUUAAAAAAACAAACAAAAACAAACUGACAAUAUAGCUGACUGGGAGAAUUUUUAUAAUUUUGCUAUUUUGGUGUAAAAGUUGAAUUGACUUUGAUUUCAUUAUAUUUCACACUAGUAAAUACACUGAUUACCAGUAGUGGAACUGCAAAAGGUUGCCUGUUUAGAGAACACGUGAAUCUAUCUGUUAAUUCCUCUUCGCACUCAUUUCUUCUUUUAUGUUCCCCUUUUAUUCUCUGUCUGCCUUUCACGUUUUGUACUGGGGACGUUAAGGUGCAGGAAUUUUCUUUGGAUGAAGUUGCAAAAACUUUUUGACUAUAAAUCUAGAUUGUUUGUUUAGUGCAAGAAAGUAAUACAAUAGCAUUGUGGGGGGGAAACUUCUCGUGUUUUUAUGUUUUUGUUACAUUUAUUUGUUAUUGUCUGUUAUUGCUCUGUCAGUUUAUGACUCGCUUUACAGAAACUGUACAAGGAAAAAAAAUAAUCUGGCUGGGAGUGUGAACCCAGAAACACAGUUCAACUCUUCAAUGGGGCUAUUGUUUGUUUAUGUUUUCAACUGAACAAACUCUGCAGCAAGUACAAACGAGAACUGAAUAUAGUCAAAGUCCACUCCAACUGCAGGCAGGCAGAUUGUGCAUAGUUUCAGCCCAGAUGUUAUCAAACUGAUUGUCUAUAGGUAGGAUAUGGGAGUUGUAAUCCACAGAGGCAAGCUUGUUACAUAAAAUCUAUCCCUGCAAAACCUGUAUCUUUAGAGCUAUGCACCAUGUUAUAGCAUGUUUAACCCCUUUAAGGACCAAACUUCUGGAAUAAAAGGGAAUCAUGACAUGUCACACAUGUCACGUGUCCUUAAGGGGUUAAAUAGAUGUUUGGUGUGAUUUUCUUUUUUUAAUAUCUUCAAAUGCAGCCGAGUCUCAUGCCGAACACCAUCCCCCAAGAUCACAGGCAGGCUGGUCAUAUGUAGAAACAACUUUUCACUAUAAUCAGUUUUUGACAUCUUGUGGUUUUAGUGUUGCACAGUCUGUUACAGAUGUUUCAAAUUAAAUGGGGUGGGUGGGGGGAUGAUAAAGUGACCGUAGGGAUGAGUGGGGGGUUCCCAGGGCUUCAUAUCUGCACUGUACAGCAAAUAUUUGCAACUUGAGCACAAAUCUUUCCCCUAAAGUCAGCAAAUCUCAGUUCAAACGACUGCUGGAAAUAUCAGAGGUUGCUCAAUCAGGAACUUUAUAGAACUUUAUAUUUGCAAUUUUAAUGUAGUCAACCCCUGUAUUUAUUUACACAUUCAAAAAUAUUCAAAGGGGGUGGGGGGGACCAUGAGAGGAGAAAUGUACCCUUGUAAUGUUUUGCAUUUUGGCUACACAUUUCUACCCUGUUACCUCAAACAUAGGUUGGACUAUAACAGAUACACAACCUGAUUUCUUAUGUUAAACAUUUACCGAGGGUUUGUUUUUAUCCGAACAUAUUAGGUGGAACCUGAAAGAUUUGAUUUAUUUCCUUUCUCUCCUUGUACAUGUCUUAAAGGUCAACAUUAGUGAUAAACUAAAAUGAUUGUUUUUCUGUUUUAUUCCUCCGUCACCUUUUGCACCAUAGGUGUGCAAACAAACUCUAUUACACCAGCAGAAUCUAUCAGUAUUUACAACCUGAUUAUGUUUUGGAAAAGAAUAAUAAAAUGAUUUAUGAUCUAAGCCAUAAAAUGUGUGUUUUGUCUACCAGAUACUUUUUACAGAAAAUUAUUGGUCAGUACAUUUACACACAGUGCAAAAUAAAAGGCAUAUAUGUGUUCAACUUAUUAUUAAUUUGAUAGGGUGGUGGUUCUUGAAAGUGAAACUGACUUUUCUUGUUUACCUACCCCACAGCACGUAACACUGAGACUCCAUCCUGUCUACAUUUGUUUUGCACAAAUGAAACACACCCAAACAAAGGGGAUUUGUAAUUGCAAUUUCAGCAUGCAUUAAAAAACAUGAGAGCAAGGGUUUUCCCACAAGUCUAAACAAACGACAAACAGCAACAAUAUACAGUAGAUCUUGCUGGGCACUGACCUUCUUCCAUCAGAGGAAAAACAUAUAGGAUUAUUUACUUAAGUGAGAAUUCAAUGUGAAUUUCAAAUUUAGGGUUACUCUAACAUGGGGGUUCCCAAUGAUUUGUUUCCAGUGGAACCUCUUGUCAUAGUGUACCAACAUAGUGGAACCCCAAAAUAAUUUUGCAACAUAGUGCAAACCUUUUAUUUAGCAGAGUAUAAUGUUUCCUUUUUUUUUUAGCAGAUUAUAUAUAUAUAUAUAUAUAUAUAUAAAACAUAUUGUAAUCGUUAGGAGCAGGUGUGCUUUUGUUUGUGGAGUUUGUAUAUAAGUUAAGCGUUUUAAUACAGGGGUUUGUUUGUUUGUUUGUAUGUAAUGUUUGCAUUUGCAUGCAGGGGUGUGUUUGGCCUUCAAAUGCGAUGCACAUUUGUGUGCAGUAUUGUUGUUUGUGUGAAGGGUGUGUUUGAGUGUUUAUAUAUAAAUUUGGAGUUUGAAUUAAGGGGUGGUUUUGCAUGUAAUAUUUGUAGGGGUUGUGUUUGAUUGCUGAGAUAUAUGCACAUACACUGCCACAUACAUACAUACAUACUUACACAGAUAUACAUACACAUUAACACACAUAUAAACACGUUGACACAUACACAUACAUUCAUAUACACACUGGCACAAAUACACACAGACACAAAGAUUACACAUUGACACAUGCACACAACUUGACACACAGAUACACACACUGGCACAUACACACGUACUGAGAUAUACACACACAGAUACACACACUGACACACAGAAACACAUACUGGCACAUACACACAUUCAAUACACACAGUAACACAUACACACACCUUGACACACACUGAUACACACUAUCCCAUACACACACAGUGGAACAAACACACACACUCAGAUAUACACAGUGACAUAUAUACACAUCUUGACACACAUUGGCACGUACACACACCGAUACACACAUACUGACAUAUACGCACACAGAUACUCACUGACAAACAGAUACACACACUGUAAAGUGCUAGAAAGCUGCUUUCAUGUACAAAAAGAGCUUUUGAUUCAGUCGCUCAUCCAAUUAUAAUUUUUCCUCUUUACAAAUCAAUGGUAAAACCACACCUUGAGUAAAUGGUGAAAUUUUAGGCACCAGUUUUAAAAAAGGAAAUAGCAGGAACUAGAAAAAGAGGCCAGCUACAAAUCUAGUAAGGGGGAUGGAAAGCAUUUGUUACGAGGAAAGGCUAAAAAAACUAGUUAUGUUUUCUUUAGAAAAAAGGCGCCUUAGAGGGGAUAUGAAAGCACUAUACAAAUAUAUAUCCAAAUAUGCUGACAAUUAUGAUGUAUCUGAUGGAGAUGGUGCUGGAGAGAGAGAAAACAGCAGCUAUAAGAAAACACAUACUCUAUGCUAAUCUCUCUCUAAUUUAUGUUUUCAUCUUUCAAGUAAAUCCAUAGCCCCUAACAGCAGUGUCCAGUCAAGCAGGAAGUCAAUGGGCACCGUAAAAGAGUGGGCCACUGACUCAAAUCACGUAACCUACCAAGAGGGGCGAACAUGCCCAAAAAGAAGACAUGUCUGCCCAAAGAAUUGGAAGGUCAGUCUGGCAUGAAUGCAUGUCAUGCUGCCUGCCAAUCAUGCAGCUGGACAACUAAGGGCAUACUAUGCAGACAGCACCCUGAGCUUGGCAUAAAUGCGUCUAAUGAUGCGCUCGCUCAACGCUUUCUAAGGACUGUCCCCUAGCACUCGCUGGUCCAUUUGUCUCCUUACCUUCUUACUAGCAGGCAGAAUAUCCUGUUAUUCAGUUUGGGACAGAGAAAAGCUGUCGUGAAAGGGAACAUGCCACAGUGUUACAGAGACCAAAGUCAGCAUUACCUUAACCAUAUUCAUUGUCAGCCAGUCCACACAAGUUUUGUUUCCAUACAUCCCUCCUAAGUUUCCGUACUUACGCAAGAGUAUUUGAAAAGUAGUUAGGGUUGCCACCUAUCUUGGAAAAACAUACUGGCUUUACUAAUUUGCAUAAUUAAUUAUGUAUGGGUGACAUCACAUGAUGUAAAUCACAAGGAGUGACAUAAGAGAAAAUGCUGUACAAUCACCAAAAAACUACAUGGUUUGAUUCUCCCCAUGUCUCCCAGUGCCCCCAUAUCUCCCAGUGCCCUAAUGACUCAGUGCCCCCAUGUAUUGAUUGCUCCAGGUCUCAGUGUUCCUAUGUAUCAGUGUAUCAGUGCCCCGUGUCUCCUAGUGUCCCUUAGACUACCAGUGUCCCCUAGUGUCAUGUCCCGAGGUCUCCCAGUGUCCCUAUGUAUCACAGUCUCUCAAUGCCCCAGGUCUCCCUGUGUCCUCCAGUAUUCCCAUGUGUCUAUGUCCCCAUGUCUCCCAGGGUCCCCAUGCCACUAGGACACUAGGAACAUGGGGAUACCCGGGGACACAGGGAUACCUGGGCACACGGGGAGACCUGGGGACAAGGAGACACCAGGGACACUGAGCGAUUAGGGGAUACUGUCUGGGACACUGGGAAAAUAGGGGACACUUGAAGACAUGGGGACACAGACACUAGAGACACUGGCUGGGGGACAUGGGGACAUUGAGAUAUGGGGGCACUGGGAGACAUGGGGACACUGAGACACCAGGGCCACAGACACUAGUGCCAGUGGGCUUGGAGACAUGGGGACAUUGAGACACUUGAGGCACUGGGAGACAUAGGGGCACUAGGAGACAUGGGGAACAGUGAGACACUGGGAAAUUAGGGGAUGCUGGGAGACUAGGGGGCACUGGGAGACAUGGGGACACUGAGACACCAGGGACACUGGCUGGGACACUGGGAGACAUGGGGACACUCUCUACAGAGCGCUCCGGCGGCUGAAGUAUGAGGGGGGCCGGUGCUCCUGGCGGCGCCCCUUCCCAAGGGGCGCCCUAGGCGGCUGCCUAGUCCACCUAACAGGUAGCGCCGGCCCUGAGCACAUGCAUUGUGGUUGCUAUGGGUGGACCUCAGAGGGACCUCGAUUUGUGUCAAACUGUUUCUGCUAUACCAGAACGUGAAUCCUGAACUCCAUACUGUGGCUCAGAAAAUGCAGAUAUUGACCUCUGUAUUAUUUAUCCAAUAUUGAACAGGAAUGAGGGCCUCUAGUACGGAUCAUGCACAACAUACCUUACACAUUAUAUUACAGCAGAGGUAGCUGGGCUGUAGGCCUCUGGGACAGCCUCAUAUAUCAUCAAACCACUCAAACUAUGUUAUCUAAAAUGGUGGACAACCCAGUAACUCUUUAUCCUAUAACCACUAUAAUGAGAUCUUGAGGCCUGUUUAAGUAAAAAUAUAUGUACCGUUUUCCCUUAAAAAUAACACCAGGUCUUGUAUUAAUUUUGCUCAAAAAAAUGCACUAGGGCUUAUUUUCAGGGGAUGUCCAUUCGGGGAAAAACAGUAGGAAGCAUGUGCAAGAAAGCAGGUCUACAUUCGGGGGAAUUCAUACGUAGAACAUAGACCAGUUCACUAGAAUCCCGCAAAUCUAUGUUCGGGUAAAAUUCCUCGUACAUAGAUUAUCAAAUUAGCAAACUAGCGACGAUCUCAACUAUUUCCGGGGUAGGGCUUAUAUUUUGAGCCUAUGAUGUCUUAUUUUCAGGGUGGAAUGGUUUACUUCCAUAGCAUGGCUAUAUUUAACUAAAGUUGUUAAAAUGCAAGCUAUUUAAACUCAGGAGUCUACCAUGUACAUUUUCUAACUAAACCAAUAGAUUUGUUCACUACAAGCAGGAAAUUGUAGCAAAUAGAGAACAGUGGAAUGUGAGAAUUUUCCAAGUGUAGCUAUGUUAUCCAGAAUUUUUCAAAAAAGAUUUGCCUUGUUUUAGCCCCACCGUUUAUCCUGUUAUGCUUCUCGUUUAAUCUAACAUUUCCCUACAGGAAGCAUUGCCAGUACUUAGUUCCACAAUAAACCAGAAUUAAAUCAUCAUCCUGUUUCCUUCAGUGAAUGCGUAAUUUAAAUAAUUUAUGUACUAUGAAAGCCGGACACGGAAUUCAUCGUUUGUUUUAUUUAUUUAUUCGUGAUGUACGAAUAGUAUCACAGUGUAUUUUAAAGUUGUCACAGUUAUUUUGUAUAUUUGGAUACAAAUGAGGAAGUAACAAGUUUAGAUUUGUCUAUAAGAAUAGUUAUAGGCUAGCCUCUACAUGAGGGAAAUUCCUAUAUUAUAAAUCAUGUCAAAAGCUAAAAGGAAGACAAUAAACCAGGAACUAAAAUAUGAACGUAAAAUUGAAAUAGAACAGCUCUGUUACAAGGCUCAGCAUUUGCUUGUACAUAACCUUGGGACUUUAUGUAUUACUUUCAUAGCAUCCAUGGUAUGGCUACUAACAGGUUAUUUAGAUCCGAAGAGGGGAAUUACAUAUCCGAUAAACCUCUGCCGGUCAUGAGUUUAAAAUAUAAGAAUCCAUAAACCAGAUAGAGAAGUUCAAGGUUUUGGAAGGGGUCCACUGCUAUUUUCCAGUUUAAUAUGAGUAUCAGCAGACAUUUUAAAGGUAUCUUUUGGUUGUAUUUUAUUUCCCUUUACUUUUGAUCUGUAUCAUGUAAAUAGUCUUCCGGAAUAGCUUCUUUUUUAGUUCAAAACACUGGAUGCACAGCAACUGAAACCUUUCAUUCAUGCUUCUUCCAAGGUACAUAUUUCAUAUGUCGAUUUCUAAAUUUCCCUCCUAAGGAAAUAGUAUAUUUUCUUGCUUAUAUUGUUAGCCUGGGGGUUGCAAUUUGCCAAAAACAUACACUACACUAUAAGUUGAUGGAUGGAUGGAUGUGUAUCCAGGGAAAUAAGUCUUCUUAUAUUUUUAUUUAUCUAGCUACGGGAAAACGACAUAAAAAACAAUAUUGCCUGUUUGAUUGGAGACAAUAUGGGAAAUAUCUUCCAGCCUGUUGAUUUCAAAAAUAUUGACACUACGGACCCAUGCUGGGGAGUAAGGUAUCAACUUCAGACUUUAAUCAAAAAGGUAUUUUUUUUUUUAAUUAUAGUUAUUAUUAUUAUUGUUUCAUCUGUUUCAAUGCUUUAUAAUUUUUAUUAGUGUGUUUUGUGUUUGUCUACGUGCAUAUUAUCAUUGGAGUCAUUUUCUAUAAUAUGUUCUGCAAAAUAUGUUAAAGGAACACUUUAGUGUUUAACUAUUUAGGUGAUCACAUGGGAAAGGUUUUUACUAGCCUUUUCUCUUACCACAUGCUGGCCCCUUUUCCAUGGCUGAUAUCAUCAAUCUUGGUGAUCUUUGCCAAUCCAAUGCUAUCCCAUAGGAAAGCAUUGGGAGGCUAGUGUCCACUCAUGUAAAAAUGCCACAUUGCUACAAACAGCAUCUCCUCAUACAAAUGUGUUGAAUCAAUGCAUCUAUAUGGUGAAUGUUCAGCACCUCUAUGCAGAGCGUGGAGACGUUGCACAUAGGUGCUGCACACUGUGCAGCACUGGAUUUGGAAGCACCUCUAGUGGCCGUCUAAGUGACUGCCCCUAGAGGUGUUCCUAGGAAUCAAUGUUAACACUGCAUUUUCCCUGAAAAGGUAGCAUUUACAGGGCUCAUCCUGCCGGGACAUGCUAUAAACACCAGAACAACUACAUUAAGCUGUAGUGGUUCUGGUGACUCUAGUGUCCCAUUAAGUGUAAUGACUUACAAUUUAACAUUGUAGAUAUAGUGCCAUUUCUACCCAUACGGGCAUGCCUCAGCUAUGUGCAUAGGCUGUGCUGAAUAGCUACCUUGCCAGACAUUCUGUUAAAUUGUUGCUGGAAUGACAAAUCCCCGCCACAUUAUACACAUAGAACACAUGCUAUUGAAAGUUGUGGUCGAUUUUGUUUGACUUGCUGUUAGAGAUUCUGGGCUUUUUCAGAAUUAUUAUUCAGUAAAAGAUUUUAUUUGUCAAUCAAAUUAAACCUAAAAUAAAUAUGGUGAUGCUUUUAAUAUCCAACAAUCUGUAACAAAAUGUAUUUGGGCUUCCUUUCAGAUUGUGGCAAAACAGUACAAGCCAGAGAUGCCAGAACAAGGUAUUUUUUUAUGUAUUAAUCUAUAUUGUAUAACAAUUUUGUUUGUCUUUAAAUAGUGAGAUUAAAUAUAACUGACUUCCAUACAGCUUGGGUAAAAUAUAUUACAGAGAAAUUCUAACAACCAUAAGCACUACUGUUAUAUUAUUUAUUAUAAAUUAUUAUUUGCAAGGAGUCUUUGAUCUAAACCCCAACUCUUUGUCCAUGCAAAUCUGUCUGACAUUUGCUGGCAGUGAUAUAGGCUUUAAAUAGUGGAACCGGAUUAAACAUAUGUUUUCAGGCUAUCAUUGCAGUCCUGGAUACAUCAGUUAUAAAGUCAAUACAUAUCUCUAUCUAGUAACUGAGACUUUGGGAGGCCAGGUUUCCUCCAUCAUGCUGGUAACUUGAUAACCCUAGACAAUCCGGUCCCAUGCUCCCACUCUUCAGCCCCAAGGGGUGCCUGUGGUGAUCCUGCCACAGUACAGACUGACAGCACUUGUACCAAUCUCCCCCUUGAUAGAACCAGAUCCCUCACUUGUGUAGAAGUGAAUGGAGCGAGCAAACAAUGGCUGCCAGGGACAAGUCAAUGUGCUGCCGCCCCUCUCCACCAUUCAAGUAUACCCCACAAAUUAACAACCCGGAAUUAUUUAACUAUUAAAGAAAUAUACAAAAAUUGUGCCUUGCUGACCUCAGAGAAACCAGUAAGGCAUGGCACACGUCACCUCUCUGGUGGCAGCUUUUGGUCUUGGUGUUGUCAUUAAGAGUAACUGUGUGUGUCCAAAUACUAUAGUUCAUGGGAAUUAUGUCAUACUGUGAAUUUACAGGCCAGCAAUAACAAUAAUGAUUCCAUUAAACGAUUAUAUAUUUUGAACAAUAAUCUGCCCCCCGAUAAACUAACAGUGUACAUAUAUACACUCAUAUACUAAAAAAAAAAAUCCCCUGUUUUACAUGCAAAAUAACUGGUUUGUCGUAAAUGCUGUAUGAAGCAGUUGCAAAUGGUCACAAUUGCAAAAACAUUUUUGUAUUUUAUUUACGUAGGUAAACUUUUGGAAAGAACGAUUCCUGAAAUUAGCGGAAAUCCAAGCCAAAUAACAGCUGCACACGUAACCGGAACUAGGAUUAAAACUUCACAACCAACAGAAAGUAAGUAAUUAACCUUAUACAGUCAUACACAUGAAAUUUGGGGAAAUAUACAAGUGGGCUAGCAAAAUAAUCUAAUAUCUAGUACCUAAUAAGGAGCAGUGCAAACAUUCAACUUCAGAAAAGCUUUCACCUUUGAGUUAUAAAAGCAACUAUGUUUAGUAGGAUAUUGAUCAUUACCUUACGUAUACAGUGUAUUUUUAUAUAAAUUUAUUUUUCUUAUUUUUUCUUUAUUAGGGUCAUUGGCAAACAGGUAUGUGGGACAGAAAAUAGCAGACUGGAAAUCUUAUAAGCAACCCUCCUUCUUGACCAAUAUUGAAAUCAAUAACGGAGAGUUAGUGAUUAAAAAGAGUGGCUUUUAUUACAUUUAUUCUCAGACUUAUUUUCGACAACAGGACAAUACAGACACAGAGAAAGGUAUGGGAACGGAACUAAUUCAGUAUUUAUAUAAAGUUUCAAACUACCCAAAUCCUAUUCUUCUGAUGAAAAACAUAAAGACUGCUUGCUGGUCCAAAAAUGCAGAAUAUGCACUCAAUUCAAUUUACCAGGGCGGAGUUUACAAAUUUAAUGAAAACGACCGAAUAUUUGUUGCAGUAAGUGAUUUCAGUCUUGUUGACAUGGAUGAACAGGGAACCUAUUUUGGAGCUUUCUUGCUGUUCUAAACUCCAAACAAGAGCUUUUGAGGACUGUCAAAGAGUACUGUAAAACACCAACGUUCUACAACGCGGUUAAAUUCAUUAACAAGCAUAGCAAGCUUUGAAAUAGAAAAUUCAAAUGUAAGUGAUUGCCUGUACUCAAAUUGAAGUAAGCAAAGGAUUUGCCAUGCCACAAUCUUUGCGGUGUACAGUGCUAGGCAUCCAUAGAUGUACCAAACCAAAUUCAACACUUGGAAAAAAAAUCCCCUUGAAGCCAUAGCAGGACCAGUAAACAUAUUGUAGGAGAAGAUAUAGCAGGAAGCCUUGUUGAUUAUAGAACAAUGAGGCAGACUGCUGCAUAAAUUGGAUAAACUAAAUCAAUUUAUUAUUUUACUCCCCCAAGAUUUGGUUAUUAAAUAAGGAGUUGAUCUGUAGAGAAAAGCCAAAUGUUAUCUUCCAGGAGGAGAACACACUUUAUUGCAGCCAAAAGGUACACUACCCACUAAAACCAGCUGUUGUGUCCCACUAAUGCUGAGUACACAUUACUAUUUUAUGGUGUCCACGUUGUUAUUGUUUAGGGAAGGAAUAGGUCAUGUGCAGUGGUACAAGCCACAGGAUAUAAACAUUCAAAUGAACACAGCUAUUACAAAUUUGUCAAAUUAUUAUUCUUGUAGUACGGGGAAAGAGAGAAAUGUAUGCUUAAAAUGAGUUUUACGGUAAGUGCCUGUAUAAAACCUGGCUGUCUGUAAGUCGCUGUGGGUGUCAAAAAAGAUGUUGCUCCCAUCCUAAGUGGAGCUUCCCGAGAACAUUUCUUUGAAAUGAUAAUAUUCAGCUUACAUUAAGCUAUAUGUGAAAAUGUGUAAAUAUGUAAAUAAUGUUCACUGUACAGCUACACAGAUCAAUCUGUCUGAUUGCUUUCAAUCGGUUGGUCAUUAAGGGGUUUGUGUUUUUUUUGUUUUGGAAAGAUUGUACAGUGAUAUGGAAAUGGAUGGAAGAGAAAGUAGAAGAACAAUACAAAUCAUAUAUUUUUUUAUAAAAUUAAAACAAUGACAAAUAACUUGGACUUGAUGCAUUUUAAAACCAUAAACACGCCAUUGAACACACCAUUGAUCCACAGGCUAAUAUAUCACUGGAUGUAUGUUUAGUUGAAAUACAUCAUCUAUAUUGCAUACUGCACAAUAGAAAUGGACAUAUGAAACACUAACAUUAAUAGUUUAUUUCUAUAUAUACAUAUAAAUGUAGCACAUGGCUAUUAUUUUCCUACAAUGCAUAUAGGCUAUGCAUUAUUAUUCUCACUGCAUCACAUAACAAGUAAUAACACACGAACUCAAUAUUGUCAUCAAAUUCAUGCAUUAGGUUUAAAGUAUUGUAAAAUAACAUUGUAUUUUCUUAUCACUUUUAUGUCUUUAAUAAAGGUAUUGCCUUGUCUAGACUGACUGCAGUGACUUAA